AACUAUAUAUUGUAAUAUAGAGUCAUUUCCAUAUCUAAGUUAGAGAAAACCAUGGCUCUUAAAGGCAACUUGGAAACUGUUGUGGAACUCAAGUCAAGUCCUGAGAAAUACCUGAGUUUCUGGAAGGGCCAAGCUCAUCAGGUUCCCAAUCAUUCUCCCACUAAUAUUCAAGGAGUUCAUGUCCAUGAAGGUGAUUGGGAGACCUCGGGCUCCAUCAAGGUCUGGAAGUACACUAUAGAGGGAAGAUCUGAGGUUUUCAAAGAGAAGGUCAUAAUAGACGAUGAGAAAAAAACAUUAACUUUCAUUGGUCUGGAAGGUGAUCUACUCAAGAUUUAUAAGGUAUUUAAUAUUAUCUGGCAAUUCACAACUAAAGGUCAAGGGAGUUUGUCAAAAGUGAUUAUCGAAUACGAAAAACUGAACGAGAAUGUUCCUCCUCCUAAUAAUUACCUGGAUUUGGUGGUUACAAUCACCAAAGAAAUUGAUGAGGGAAUCUCCAAAGAGUAAAAAUGAGAUCUAUGUUCAAGUUUGUUAAAUAAAUUGAGUCUUGUCUUGUGUGAUAUAUUAUGUACGUAAAAAUCGAAGAGUGAGCUGAGACGAUAUUAUUAAAUAAGAGUUAUUAGUAUUAUUAAUAUUAUAAUAUCAUGAUGUUAUUAAGUGAGAGUUAUCAGUAUUGUUAAUGUUGUAAUAUCGUUGUAUGAACUACUAAAUAAAGGGAAAAUUGCAGCUUCUGCUGCUUUUCUAUUA